AUGGACGGCGAGCCCCGGUGGCACAACAGCUUCCCCGGCAACGUCAGGAAAGAGCUCAUUCACAGUCUCGGCAGCUCCACCAAGGAAGCCUCGCCGCAGUCCGACCUGUGGACCGGAGGCCUCGUCUGCGCCUUCGAGUUCGUCCGCGGCCACGGCUUCGCUAGCCCGCCCAAUCUCUCACGGAACAACUCCUCGCAGUACUCCAAAGACCAUUCAGCAGCCAUGGAUCCCACGAAGCUACCCAUCACAAAGUUGGGAGACGUUUCAUCUCAAGGCAAGCUAUACAACUUUCUUGGUUUGAUUCCAUUUCGCGGUAGAAAGCCCGGUUGGCUUGACAGAUUGGCAGCCGGUAGGAGGAUAGCGGAGCUGGUGGAGAUGGUGGAGGGGGACGCGGCGUGGGACGGGCAGGGGAUGGGCGGCCUCAUGGACGACGGCGACCAGUGCUGCGAUAUCACCGUGGCCGAUGUCGCCGCGCCGUACUGGCAGAGGCCGGCGGGGCCGACCUGGUGGUGCCACGUGACAGCGGGACACCCGGCGGUGGACGCCUGGCUUGCCGGCGCGCGAUGGCUGCACCCGGCCAUCCGCGUGGCGCUCAGGGACGAGAGCAUGCUCAUCAGUGAGAAGAUGAAGCAUCUACUUUAUGAGGUCCCGGUUAGAGUUGCAGGUGGUUUGCUGUUCGAGCUAUUGGGCCAGUCCGUGGGCGAUCCGGCCGGGGACGAAGAUGACAUUCCUAUUGUGCUCCGUGCAUGGCAAGCUCAAAAUUUUCUUAUAACAGCGCUUCAUGUGAAAGGUUCUGCGACCAACAUUAACGUCAUAGGGGUUACAGAGGUUCAGGAGCUUCUUUCUGCAUGUGGAAGUACAGCUCCUAAAAGUAUCCAUGAAGUUGUAGCGCAUUUGGCUUCCCGCCUUGCUCGAUGGGAUGACAGGUGGCAAGUUAUAUACUUUAAUACCCUUGGUUUCAUGAACCUCUUUCCUCUUUGGCUAGAACUAUGUGACAGUAUGAGCAUGUUCAGGAGGAAUCAAGAAGACCUAAACCUGCUGUGCAUAAUAUUUAACCAAGACAUUAGAAGGUUAGCCACUCAGGUUAUCAGGGUGAAAUGGUCACUGCAUGCUAGAGAGGAGAUAAUAUUUGAGCUGCUCCAGUAUCUGAGGGGAACCGCCACCAGGUUCUUGCUUGAAGGUAUCAGGAAAGACACAAGGCAAAUGAUAGAAGAGCAAGAGGCUGUCCGUGGCCGGUUGUUCACCAUCCAGGAUGUGAUGCAGAGCACUGUGCGUGCCUGGUUGCAGGAUAAGAGCCUUCGCAUCACGCAUAAUUUGACCAUUUUUGGUGGGUGUGGCCUCAUUCUGUCAAUCAUCACCGGAUUGUUUGGGAUCAACGUGGACGGCAUCCCAGGAGCUAAAAACACUCCAUAUGCUUUUGCAUUGUUCUCCGGGCUUCUGUUCCUGCUUGGGUUCAUGCUGAUCAUCGUCGGAAUCAUCUAUUUCGGCCUGCAGAAACCGGUCAGUGAUGAGCAGGUCCAAGUGAGGAAGUUGGAGCUCCAGCAGCUAGUCUCCAUGUUCCAGCACGAGGCCGAGACACACGCUAAAGUGAGAGAAGGAGUCCUGAGGAGCGACUUGCCUCCUAGAGCAGCUGAUCUCAUCUAUGAUAAAGGUGAAGAGAGCAGCUGCAAAUGCGGUUGUGGUGGAGUCAGAGCAACUAUAGCAAUAGUCCCUCAAAACCGGGUGGAGUCAAAGCAACUAUAG